GCAGAAGACGUGAGAACUGACAAAUGUAUGGACUCGGUCGCAGCUGCAGACGAAGGGCAUAGAACGUGAGCUCUUAGCAGCAGAUGCAGAACUUGCACACCCGACGUUGUUCAGGCGUGCUAUUGGUCGCUAUACUGGCCAUGAAACACAAGUAGCAACAGCUGAGAGGUUACAGCACUGGUCGAAGAGACACCCAUGGCGGAUUCCAGACGGCAAACUGCCUGGGAACUAGUAGGGAGAAUGCGAUGUGAACACGCGACGCGCAGGUUAGCAGUACGAAAACGAAGCCGAUCAGUCCGGCACCGUGGUGUGGCAAGAAUCAUUGCAAGAGCAAACGCAACACAUAUGGCGUCCUGCGACCAUCUUCGAGCCACGGCAUUGAUCCUGCAUCCCAGAAGCUUCGAGGGUCAAUGUUUCAGGACGUGUGUAGGGAGCUUGUUUGAGACCAAUUGUAAAGUUGAACGGGUGCCGGGUCUGGUUCAUGAUGUACAAUCGCUGAGAAAGACUGACUCAAUUGACGCAAGAGCGGGAACUAGACCUGCCCAAUUUACAGCGUAUCCGAAUCCGGCACAAGGUAGCAAGACACGAAAGUCAGACAUCAUCCAUAAAUUCUGGCAUGCGACAAAAAUGCAACAUAAACGACAAGGGAGCGUUCGGUCUAUCCAUUGAACGACGUAGAGACAAACUAAGUCCCACAGGAAUCCACUUUCGAUAUUCUCGCGUAUGCUCAAGUGGUUGUGAGCCAAUCGCAUACUUACAACGUGAGAGUAAUGCCAAUAGCAUAACAUUGUUCUUCUAACACGAGCAUACGUGAGCGAUGACAGUGUUACAGAGGCAGAUAGGGCCUGAGAAGGGAACGACCUUUGAUCAUAUCUCCUUGGAAUUUGCUAUCCACUUAGACUCACAGAAAGGAACU